GUCGUUAUGGCGUCGCACCGAACGGGAAUGGGAUUUUUCAGUUGCCGCAUGUAUUGGAAUUUACCAGUCAUGUUCCACGUUCUUUUGUAGUUAUAUAUACACAGGCAAAUGAAGGAAGAAGAUAAUAUACCGGGAACGGUCAAUGGCACCGUUAUGGAGCGAAAAAAAGGUGGUGUCGAAGAUAGCAGGGGUUGUACGGACACACUGGUCUACGAAGCGGGAUCUAAUCAAGCUGCAGGUCGUGGCGACCGCAAUGGUACAGGAAACCGUGUCGGAACGGGGAUACGCGUUCUAAAGCGGAACAUGAAGAGGAAUGGGAGCAGAGGCUGUGUUACCAGGAAGACCCGCUUUGGAUCACGGGAGCGGGACUGGCUGAAGGGGGAUGCCCAGCGGGGCUGUGUAUGUCUGUACGGGGGAACAGUUGACCCCCAGCCCCCAGCCUCGGGCCCACAGGCCUCUUCCACCCUCCAGGCAGACCUGCGGCUGGUGCUAUGCUCCACCACUACCACGGUGGAGGAGCUUUGUGCCCAGAGAGAAGUAGAGGGACUAUACCUGCAGCUCCAUGGAGACCUGCUCAGGAGGCUGGACCCCUCUGAGCGCCCUCUCCAGAUGGUGUAUGACUACCUGGCUGCUAUAGGCUACCAGGACCCUCUGCGGGUUCAGAGAGAGGCGGCCAACUCGGACCUCAGCUGCAUGAUCCGCUUCUACAGUGAGUGUCCAGUGAACGCGGACCAGCAGGAGCGAACCCUGUUGACGGGCGUGUUCAGCGUCAGGAAGGGAAAGACCCAGCUGCACAAGUGGGCAGAGCGCCAGGUCCUCCUGUGUGGAACCUGUCUGAUUGUGGCCUCCGUCAAAGACAGCCUGACGGGGAAGAUGCACAUCCUGCCCCUGGUGGGGGGAAAGGUGGAGGAGGUGAAGAGGAGACAGCACUGUCUGAUGUUCAGCUCAGCCGGACCGCAGGCCCAGACAUACUUUGUUAACUUGGACACACUGGCAGACUAUCAGAGGUGGCAUCGGCAGGCUUCAAAGGUGGUUUCUCAGACCAUCAGCCUGGUGGAUCUGUCAUGCUACAGUCUGGAGGAGGUGCCAGAGUACCUGUUCUACAGCCAGGACCUCACCCAUCUCAACCUCCGACACAACUUCAUGUCCCUGCAGGGCCCCGGAGGACUGCUCAAUCUCCCCAGGUUUUCCCAGCUGAAGAGCCUGAACCUUUCGCAUAACCGCCUGGGAGUGUUUCCAGAGUCUGUCUGUGAGAUCCUCACCCUGACAGAGCUCAACCUCUCCUGUAACGGCAUGAACACUGUCCCCACAAAGAUAGGCAACCUCCAGAGUCUGCAAACCCUGUCUCUGGAUGGGAAUCAGUUGAGCUUCCUUCCUGAAGAGCUUGGCGGCCUAGCUCAGCUCAGCAGCCUGGGGCUUUCCUUCAACAACUUCCCCCACAUCCCUGGUGUGCUGGAUAGGCUAAGUGGCAUGGACAAGUUAGCCAUGGCUGGGAACAGGGUGGAGACCCUGGAGCUGGGGAUCCUUGCCAGGAUGAGCCACCUCAAGAACAUCGACCUGCGGCUGAACGGUCUGCGCUGGGUGAAGAGUGAGGCCCUGGAGGCAGUGAAGCAGGUGACCCAGCUGGACCUGAGGGACAACCACUUGGCCACCCUGGACCUGAGCUCCAUCUGCAGCCUGGAAACCUUGCACUGUCAGAGAAACCAGCUGAGGGUGCUAACGCUGAGUGGCUUCACCCUGCGCACGCUCCACGCCAGCAGCAACCGCCUGACCACAGUCAACAUCUACCCAGUACCCAACCAGCUGACACAGAUGGACCUAUCACGGAACCUGCUGGAGUACCUUCCAGACUGGGUGUGUGACAGUAGAAAGGUGGAGGUGCUGGACGUUACACACAACUUCCUGUCUGAACUACCAGCCAGACUGCUCAGCAGCCUGAGUCUGAGGAAGCUGCUGGCUGGGAACAAUAGGCUCCAGAGACUGCCUGACCUACUUGACCACGUCCCCCUGGAAGUACUCGACCUCCAGCACAACAAGCUAGGCGAGCUCCCAGAGAGCCUCUUCUACAAGGCCUUAAACCUAAAGUACCUGAACGUGUCAGCUAAUAUCCUGGAGACAAUUCCCCCCAGCAGCCAAUCAGAGGAGAGUCUCAGCACCCUCCAGGAACUGUACCUGACGGGGAACAAACUGAAUGAGAACUGCGCUGCUCUGCUUGUGGGACACCAGAACCUCAGAGUCCUGCACAUGGCCUACAACCAGUUGCUCUCUUUCCCUGCCAGUAAACUGAGUAAACUAGAGCUGCUGGAGGAGCUGAAUCUGAGUGGCAACAAGCUGAAGACCAUCCCCUCCACUGUAUCCAGCUGUAAGAGGCUACACACCCUCAUAGCACACUCCAACCACAUCAGUGUGUUCCCCGAGAUCCUCAACCUGCCAGAGAUCAAGCUGGUGGACUUGAGCUGUAAUGAGCUGACUGAGAUCCUACUGCCAGACUCUCUAACGGCCACCCUGCACGAACUAGACCUGACUGGCAACAGCAGCCUCUUGCUGGAGCACAAAACACUCAACCUGUUCAGUCACAUCACCACCCUGAAGCUGGACCAGAAGCCAGCCAUGGCCACCGGGGACUCCCUGGGCUCCUCCACCCUGUGGAACCACGGCUACUCUGAGAUGAGCGGGCAGAGGAACAAAUUGUGUGUGUCUGUGCUGGCAGUGGACCGCUUUGGGGAUAGUGUUGAGGCGGCCUAUGGCGUCUUCGACGGAGACCGCAAUGAGGAAGUUCCUCGUCUGUUGCAGUGCACCAUGGGAGAUGUGCUGUCGGAGGAGCUGCUGCAUUCCAGUGUGGACAGUGUGUACAUGAGCAACACCUUCCUCACCUCACACAGGAAACUGGGCAUGGCUGGUCAGAAGCUGGGUGCAUCUGCCCUGCUCUGCUACAUCCACCACGAGCCGUCGGAGCUGGGCAGCUACUUCAGCCUGACGGUGGCCAACGUGGGCAGCUGCCAGGCGGUGCUGUGUCGAGACGGCCAGCCCCUGCCCCUCUCCAAGGUCUUCAGCCUGGAGCAGAGCACCGAAGAGAUGGACAGGGUCAAACUCAGCAAGGCGAUCAUCACUGAGGAUAACAAAGUGAGUGGAGUGACAUGCUGCUCUCGCCUGCUGGGAUGCUCUUAUCUCUCUCCCUGGGUGCUGCCCAAGCCCUGGGUGCGCACUGAGCCCCUGUGUUCCCAAGAUGAGUUCUUGAUCCUGGGGAACCGGGCACUGUUUGAGAGGGUGUCCUACCAGGAGGCUGUGUUCACCGUGCAGGCCAUGAGGGACCCCCGCGCAGCUGCCAAGAAGCUCUGCACGCUGGCCCAGAGCUACGGCUGCCGGGACAAUGUGGGGGCGGUGGUGGUGUCCCUGCACAUCGGGGAGGACAGCUGUACCUGUGAGCUCCCUCAUGCAAGUACUGGUACUGAACCCCGGGGACCCCCUCCAACACCUCUCCCCGUCACUGCUCCCCCGGGGGACCCGGCCACGCCCUCCUCCAGCAGUGGCAUCGCUUCAGAGUUCAACAGCGAGACUUCGGCCUCGGAGGUGGGGAGUGAGGCGGGCUCCACAGCCUCUGACGAGCACCCCUCCACUGGCCCCACGGCCCGACCUGAGAGGCGCUGUAGUCUCCACCCUGCAGCCACGCUCUGUGCCCCCGCGGGACCCGGCUCAGCUGGAGUAGGGGGGCCCCACCCUGUCCUGUUCCAGCGCCAGCCCUCCUGUGCAACCUUCUCCAGUAACCAGUCUGACAACGGGCUGGACAGUGAUGACGAGGCUCCACUAGAGGGGGUUAUCUCCAAUGGGAGCAAGCUGGAGGUGGAGGUGGACAUCCACUGCUGUGCUUUCCAGAUCCGUUCUGGGCCAGCCGCGAGCCCAAAGGACCACAACCUGGACAAGACACGCUCAGACUACCCCAACGGAAAGAUGCGUCGUCAGAACAGCGUGGUGGUGUCAGCCACUAACGGCUGCCUGCUGGCUGUGUGUGGCAGAGAGAUCUCCGACCUAAAAAAGUCCCCCUCCACCUCCAGCCUCUUUGGGAAGAAGCUUUCCAACGGCUCCGUGGUGGCCCCGGAAGAUAGCCACAACCUCAUCGAGGUAGCCCUGGAGGCCCCUAAGAAGAAGUCGGGUUACUUCACUGCCCCUGCCCAGCAGGACCCCGAGGACCAGCUGGUAGUGCCUCCCAGUCUAGAGCAGGAUGUUAGGGAACAGCUGAGGGGCCAGAGCCCUAUGGUCCCAGGACCUCCACCCCCUUUCACACCCCCCUCCAUCAGAGACCCUGUGUGGGACCACCCCCACCCCCCUGCUCCCAUGCUGCCCCAGCGGGACCUCGCCCCUAACCCUAUCCCUGCCCUACAGCAGGAAGUCUAUGAUACUGCCCUCUAGAGGGGGCCAGAGCACAGCGCCACCCUGUGGUAGUCCUGUGACAGUGCCAUACCAGGGGGGCAGAGGAGGUCUCUCUGGCACAGGUGGGAUAUUCCAGUUCAAGUUUCCAUUCAGCUCUGUCAUGAAGACAUGUGGGGCCUUGACUGUUCACACAUGAAUGCGUUACGUCACGUUAGACGUAGAGAGGUGCUUCGCUAACUGUCUGAUAAACCUGGUGGAACUGUCUGAGUAUCAGCGCUGAACAGGCACUGAAGUCACCAACCAUGAAAAUAGGUUGUGAAAAGAAGGGGGCCACCGGAGGCCAAAAUACCCCAGCCUGAACUAGAAUACCUCAUGCGUUUUAGACUGCAGAACUUGUUUGCAACAUUUCCCUUUACUUGGAAGGAAGGUCAAAUAGUGAAAUGGUAGAGUAAUCCAUUUGAGUGUGUUAUCAUUCCAUUGCUGGGGGCUGCAGGGGCUCCUAUAUCCCAGGGACAAGUCCUGUGACCAAAAGGUGAAAAAGUGCCUACUGUAGAUGACUCAGCCCCAGAUGUCCCUGCCUCCCUGCCUGUGUGUGUAUGGAGGGGGGAGGGGACACACAUCAGUAUUAACCCUGGAAUAGGACAUCACUGUGUGACUGCGUCCUCCAGGGGCCACCAAUGGUACAGCCACUUCUCGCUCUCUCUCUCUCUUUCUGUCUGUCUGUCUGUAUAUAUAUCCUACUUUAUCUCCCUCUCUAACCUGUUGACUGCACAAUGGCUGGCAGGACUGGAAACUGGGCUGACUGGCCUUACUCUGUGGCACAAGGAUUCAGACUGUUUAUGCUAGAGGCAGGUAGGAACAAAACAGCAGGCGAUUAAAAAAAAACAAAUCUAAUUUUUAUUUACUAGUGACCCUUUCUAUCAACACCAUAAUCCUCUAUAUGGGAAAUACAGUUAGUAUCUAUAUACACAUUUAGUCUGAGCAGUGUCGUGCAGAACCACAUAGUGGUGUAAUCACAAGGCCUGCUUGGCCUAGUCCCAGCAUCAGGAUGCGUAUCCAUUUGGAAACCAUUGAAGCCUUGCUGGGAGGAAUAAUACAGAAAAAAAACAUUCAAAAGUAGCAUCAAGCUCUCAUAAAAAGGCAAACGCAAAAUAACAUAACAGUGCAUUGCUCACCUGUACAGAACCAAUAUGUCAUACUGCUUCAAAACCAUUAUUGUAACACUGUAUCCGUGACAGUGCAUGGUCAGCAAAUUUUAACAGAAAAAGUCAUUAUAUUAAUUAUGUUUUAUGGGCAACAUGAGUGGUGACAAUGAAGACGAAACAAUUGUUCCCGGUGUUCAUAUCUCAAAGACACUACAAUGCACACCAGAUCCUGUACAGUAAUCAUUACAAAUGAUGGGUGAAAAAAACAUGUUCUUCACAUUAUUCGGGUGCCAUCAUUUAAGGAGUCCAGAUACUGUAAGAUGUGUAGCCCCUUUUUCUUUAGUUUUUCUAGUUUCACGCUUGUUGUACCCAGGAAAUUGUGCAAAAUCUCUCCAGUGACCAACAUAUCGAAAGUGUUUUUUUAAGGUUUGAGAAUCAUUCUGUUCCCAUCAUUCCAUUAGCUUCACAGUCAACUGAACAAAAUAUCCAUGUUUAGUGUACUAAAAUGAGGAUGUAACAUGGUAUAUUAUUUUACAUGUAUAUGAAAAGUAUGCAUGUUGUGAAAGUCUAUUUUAAUCAUGCAGUUUGCAUAAUUCCUUUGGAGCCUAUAGAUAUAGCUGGUUGAUGCUCUUCAUUUUAAGUCAGUGACCGGCGAGAGAAAGAGUAAAAAAUAAUUGAAAUAAUUAGAUAUUUCAUUCUCAUAGAUCUACUGACAGAUUCAAUAGGGGUUUGUGGGACAUCUGGUGGUGAUAACUAUGAAUUGCCUCAAAUGUUAGUUCUAUAUCAGUGAAUAUCACCAGUGUACUCUACCACCGCUACCACCUACUGUAUAACAGAUUCAGAACAAGCACAGUGUGUUUUUGUUAGCAGGACAGAAAAGCUCAUUGUUGUCUUGGUGACAAUAAGGGCUGGUUUGAGUAAGAGGGGCGGUGUGAAGCUCACAUGAGUGGCAACACCAAACCAUUUCAACAGGUGGGUGGAUGACUGGAUGGGGUAUUGUGAAGGAACAAUGUUUCAGGAGGUAUGUAAGGACACCUGACCUAAUGCUGAGGAGGAUGUUCUCUUACUCUUCUUUCACAGUGUGGAGACAAGCCUUUGUCUGUUCCAUAUGUUUCUAAGCUGUCAGAGGACCCUUGGUUAAUACCAUCCAACCAAUGAGGAAAACGGGUUUAUCAAAUUACGUUUAUGUGGAAUUUUAGCAAAAAUGAGCAAAGCACUUGUGUCCCGAGAAGAGUGAAAAAACUAAAGUAUUGAGUGUAAGCCAUUAGUUUUGCAUCAGACUUUGAGUUCAGACCAUUUGCUAAGGGUUUUAGUGUUGCUAAGGUAUGGAGUGGCCCUGACUUUUAUCAAGCACAGACAUUGAGUUCAGACCAUUUGCUAAGGGUUUUAGUGUUGCUAAGGUAUGGAGUGGCCCUGACUCUUAUCAAGCACAGACAUUGAGUUCAGACCAUUUGCUAAGGGUUUUAUUGUUGCUAAGGUAUGGAGUGGCCCUGACUCUUAUCAAGCACAGACAUUGAGUUCAGACCAUUUGCUAAGGGUUUUAGUGUUGCUAAGGUAUGGAGUGGCCCUGACUCUUAUCAAGCACAGACAUUGUGAAAUAUGUCCGUCAUGGACAUUGCUUUGAAUAAAGGCAUCUGCAUAAUAUGGGUCAGUUGACUGUGAAUAUGACAUUUCUAUAAAGUUGCACUUUAAGUUGCAAUGUUAGAGGAUAGUAUACCACUAAUUGACUCAUCAUUGAUAUAACAAAGCUGCAGACCAAAAUCUACCACCCUUCCCCUUUGUGCCAAACUGCCUAACCCUAACCCAUUUUAGAGAGGACAACUUUCUGACUUAGUAAGAGAGGGCUUGUGGUCUGACAAGAGAAUGACUGGGAUGUGUUCCUAGAUGCCACUGUGAGAAGGCUAGUGGCAUGGUUGUAAUACUUACCAUAGCUGCUUAGCUAGUUACAACCCACUCUAUGCUUGUUCAUAGCCUUAAUGCAGCGCUGCCAGUCCUAAUGAUGAUGGUGACUGUCUUUUUCUGUUGGUUUUAUUUCCUUUAGCGGAGCUGGUUUUGCCCUUUGACCUUACGUGGCAAGGUCAGGAGCAUAUAACACGGCAUUAUUUUCUCCAAAUUGCAGAGGGAGCAAUGUAACGUUUCAAGCCAGUAGAACAAGGAUUGGGACCAGAGGGGUGGAUUCUAAAGGUUUCAUAGAAUUGGCAGUAUUUUAGAUGCUCAAAAACCUCACAGCGGCUUCGAAAUGGCUAUUUACUUCAUCCUUAACGUUCAAGACUGGAUUGAUUGGUGAAUUUGCCUUUCUAAAGCCUGCUUGCUUAUAAUAUGAGAUGUAUUACAUACAAUUGAAGUUGGAAGUUUACAUAUACCUUAGCCAAAUGUAUUUAAACUAAGUUUUUCACAAUUCCUAACAUUUAAUCGUAGUAAAAACUCCCUGUCUUCGUUAGGUCAGUUAGGAUCACCACUUUAUUUUAAGAAUGUGAAAUGUCAGAAUAAUAGUAGAGAAUUAUUUAAACUUUUAUUUCUUUCAUCACAUUUCCAGUGGUUCAGAAGUUUGCAUACACUCAAUUAGUAUUUGGUAACAUUGCCUUUAAAUUGUUUAACUUGGGUCAAAUGUUUCAGGUAGCCUUCCACAACCUUCCCUCAAUAAGUUGUGUGAAUUUUGGCCCAUUCCUCCUGACAGAGCUGGUGGAACUGAGUCAGGUUUGUAGGCCUCCAUGUUCCCACACGCUUUUUCAGUUCUGCCCACAAAUGUUCUAUGGGAUUGAGAUCAGGGCUUUGUGAUGGCCUAUUUUGUGAAGUGCACCAGUCCCUCCUGCAGCAAAGCACCCGCACAACAUGAUGCUGUCACACCUGUGUUUCACGGUUGGGAUGGUGUUCUCCGGCUUGCAAGCCUCCCCCUUUUUCCUCCAAACAUAACGAUGGUCAUUAUGGCCAAAAAGUUCUAUUUUUGUUUCAUCAGACCAGAGGACAUUUCUCCAAAAAGUACAAUCUUUGUCCCCAUGUGCAGUUGCAAACCGUAGUCUGGCUUUUUUAUGGCGGUUUUGGAGCAGUGGCUUCUUCCUUGCUGAGCGGCCUUUCAGGUUAUGUCGAUAUAGGACUCGUUUAACUGUGGAUAUAGAUACUUUUGUACUCAUUUCCUACAGCAUCUUCACACGGUCCUUUGCUGUUGUUCUGGGAUUGAUUCGCACCAAAGUAUGUUCAUCUCUUGGAGACAGAACACGUCUCCUCCCUGAGUGGUAUGACGACUGCGUGGUCCCAUGGUGUUUAUACUUGCAUACUAUUUUUCGUACAGAUGUACGUGGUACCUUUAGGCAUUUGGAAAUUGCUCCCAAGGGUGAACCAGACUUGUGGAGGUCUACAGUUUUUUUCUGAGGUCUUGGCUGAUUUCUUUUGAUUUUCCCAUGAUGUCAAGCAAAGAGGCAAUGUUUGAAAGUAGGCCUUGAAAUACAUCUACGGGUACACCUCCAAUUGACUCAAAUGAUGUCAAUUAGCCUAUCAGGAGCUUCUGAAGCCAUGACAUCUUUUUCUGGAAUUUUCCUAGCUGUUUAAAGGCACAAUCAACUUAGUAUAUGUAAACUUCUGACCCACUGGAACUGUGAUACAGUGAAUUAUAAGUGAAAUAAUCUGUCUGUAAACAAUUGUUGGGAAAAUGACUUGUGUCAUGCACAAAGCAGAUGUCCUAACCGACUUGCAAAACUAUAGUUUGUUAACAAGAAAUUUGUGGAGUGGUUGAAAAACUAGUUUUAAUGACUUCAACCUAAGUGUAUGUAAACUUCUGACUUCAACUGUAAGUUUUAUUCACUUAUUUUGUUCAAACUUCGGACAAAAUCUGCUCUUCAAAGGAUCAAACACUGUUUAAAGCACUUUGUACAUAGGGAGAUAAAUAUAUUCAAAGAUUGAUAUUUGAAUAUUAUGUGAGAUAUUUAUAAAAAAUGCACAUUAACUCAUAGGGCUUGAGUUGUCGUUGUUGUGGCUUCUGUCAGCCAAACAUAUCAUGUCUUCUUCUCUAAGAGAAAGUAUCCAAUAGAAGUGCUAAUAAUUCAAAGUGAAGUGUGAGAGAAUUACAAAACUGCUUUUCGGUUGGAUGCAAGUUUGUCUUUUAGCACAAAGACAGACAUUGUUCUUCCUUGUUCAAGUCUUAAGGCUUUUUUGUAUUGAGUCAUUCUGCUUCCAUGAGAGGAACAGCAGCUGGUGUUGUGGGAUGAAAGAUCCUGGCUCAUUCUAGGGAUGAUAAGUGGCAGAAAGCAGGCAUUUUGAAUAUUGCUUUGUUUGCCAACGGAAGCCACCUGCUGUGCCUCAAGCGGUAACACAGGUACAUGUACGCACCACAGGUGUGGGUUUGCCCUCCACCCUGAGCAUUUCAGGACAGACUAAAGAAACAGAUUUGCACACAUCUGACAUUUUCAUGUGGCAUUUAAGUUGAGAACAUAAGAACAGUAUGAAGAGGUGAUUGUCUUUGAUGUGGUUGGUGGAACAAAAGAAUUCAAAGUUCUCAUAAUCCUCUUAAUGAACAGGAAGUUGGACUUCAAAUACACUACACAAUGUGACGAUGAUUAUGAACAUGAAUUCCCUCACAUCAAAUAUGCAAAGUGUCACCUGUUUCUAUUACUCACAGGUUACACACCUGACCUGAAAAUAGGAGGAUCCUUUUUUCUUAACUAUGGAAAUUAGUAGUAACUGAGCAUUCUUGUCUGUCUGUGUGUGUAUGUAUGUGUGUGAGAAUGGUGAAGUGCAGUGUUCUGCCAUCGUGUGUGUGAGAAUGGUGAAGUGCAGUGUUCUGCCAUCGUGUGUGUGAGAAUGGUGAAGUGCAGUGUUCUGCCAUCGUGU